GGAAGACACACUAAUGGGGUGCAUUUCACAGAAAUUAGAGAAAAUUGGAUUAAAACACUAUCAAAUUGCAAAGAGAAGGUUACAAUUAUUUUCUUUUCAACAUAAGAUUCACUCACACCUAAUUGAAAAAAUUUAUGCAUACAAUACAACCAAAUAGCUUAUAGAUCGAGAAUAAAACAUGUAUAUAUUCCCAAUUUAUGCAUUUAAUUCAAUGUUUUACUCCUUGUAGAAAUUAUACCAAUACAACCUCAGCAUGCAUGCUAACAUACUUCCUCCGUUCUUUUUUAAAUGCAACGGUCCACUUUUCACGUUUGCCAACGUACAAGUUUAACCAUUAAUAUCUUUCAUACUUUAUUAGUAAAAAAUUAAAAAAAAAUAGAUUUUGAAACUUUAAAAUGAGAGGAAUUUAACAAUAAUUUUUUUAAAUUUAAUUUAUAAUACAUUAAUAAAUAAAAUAGAGUCAAAGUAGAACAUGUGAAUAGUGGAAAAAGUCCAAUGUUGCAUUUAAAAAAGAACGAGGAAGUAUAUAGUGGAAAUCCCCAAUUCAGUGCGUAGAAAAGGCAGGACCCAUUUCACAUUACGAAACCUGGGGCAUUAAUUUGUUACCAUAAUUGAUUGAUAUAAAAACUUGGACCCAACUAUAAAUGACUUCGAAAAAAACUACUACGUAUAAAUGAGUACGAGAUAGAAACCAUAAUCGAUCUCCAUUUAUUUAUAGUGAUACCGAAAUAGAAAAGGUCGGAGAAGCAGAAUGGUUGGAAGUGGUCAUGAGGGAAAUAAAUCUGAGGUUGCCAAAUUUGGCCGACAUCGGAAUGCAAUAGUAAAGAGAGCAAAAGAGAUAUGCACCCUUUGUGCCUCCAACGUUCUCAUCAUUAUUUUCUCCCUCGGAGGUCAAAUGUUUACUUUCGGCGAUGAAACAAUCAUUGAUCGCUAUGAAGAACAAAAUGGGGCUUCCCAUGAAUGCACUUCUAAAUGUACCAUUCACAAAAACCCAAGAAUUUUCAAGCUUCAAUCAUGGAAAAACAAGAAAGCCAAGCCGCCUUCAAUGUUAGAGCCAUCCAACCUUCAGAAUGAUAGUUUUGAUGCAUUCAUAGAGAAGCUUAACUUGCCCCAACUCCAACAACUGGGAGAGAAGAUGGAUGGCUUCCGAAAGAAUUUGGCAGAUCUAUUGAAAUAAAGCCCAGUUGAAUUGAUUCAUCAAUGCAUAAGAGGGGAGGGGUAGGUGUUUAAUUUAUAGGCGUGCUAGCUAGUAGUCAUUUUAAUAAAUCACAUCUCUCAUCUCAUUGUCUUGUCUAUGUUACCCAUGUUUUGAACAUUAAAUCAAGUAUGAGAUCGGAAAGGGAAUUAUUUGUCUUCAUAUUUCAUUUCUUAAUUGUUAUUCUCAGCAUAAUCAAAUUUGAUGUUAUUCUACCAAUUAUCUAAUGUUUAGCC